AUGGUGACGGGGUUGGACUCCGCCGACGGCGACGUCCACCAAUGGAAGAAGAUGCCUUUUGAAGGGGAAAAGGUGUUAACAGGACCAGAGCUCAUUCAGCAGACGACUGAGAAAGUGAAGCUGAUUCAAGAAAGGUUGAAGACGUCCAGGAGUCGACAUAAAUCUUAUGCUGACAAGAGGAGAAGACACUUGGAGUUCGAUGCAGGAGAUCAUGUCUUCCUUAGACUACAUCCGACCACUGGUGUAGGGAGAGUUAUCCGACCAAAGAAGUUGUCUCCCAAGUUCGUCGGACCUUAUCAAAUCUUGAGGAAGAUUGGGCCAGUUGCGUACGAGUUGUCUUUGCCGCCUCAGUUAUCAAACUUGCAUCCAGUCUUUCAUGUUUCUCAACUCCGGAAGUAUGUAGCCGACCCCUCUCACAUAUUGGAAUUAGAAAACAUUCAUCUUCGUCAAGAUCGUACGUUGGAGAUGCAGCCGGUACGCAUUGAAGGCAGUGACACCAAAUACUACAGAAGAAAAGCAGUCAGAUUGGUAAAAAUAGUGUGGGACGAGAAGACAGGAGACUCUACAUGGGAGGUGGAAGAUGCCAUUAAGGAUUUGUAUCCCCAUCUGUUCGAGACUCAGUACUAA